ACAGAAACUCUAGAACUGACUUUGGUGAGCGACCUCAUUCUAAGUCUUCCCCGUUCUCUCUAACCAAUUUCUUUUGUACCCCAUCACUUCUUUCAUAUAGACUUAUCAGUUCAGGUUAUAUAACUCAGCAUUUUAUUCGUCCUAGCCGGGCACUAGAGAUUCCCUUCAAUUGUUAAACGUUUUGGCCAUAUACAAUUGAGCCGGCCAAAAUAUGACUUGCACAUUCUUCUUCCCUAGGCUUCUUGUUCAUUCUAUCUUGCUGGUUAUCUAUGCAAGCUUUGCUUUCGGAGCUAAGCGAUUAUCAGAAGAUGAAGUACAAGCUUUAAAGAUCAUGGGAAAGACACUGGGAAAGGACUGGGAUUUCACUGCAGAUCCUUGUAGCGAAGCAUCUGGAUGGAUUACUCCCUCAACAAAUAGCUCAUUUGCGAACAACGUCACCUGCGGCAAUUGUAGUACUGCUGGCGAUGAUCAGAUCUGCCAUGUUACAAACAUACUUUUGAAAUCUCAGAAUUUGCCGGGAAAACUCCCGCCAGAGUUGAUCAGGCUCCCCUAUCUCCAGGAAAUUGAUCUCUCCCGCAACUACCUGAAUGGCACCAUCCCUCCAGAAUGGGGUGCCCUGCCACUACUUAACAUUUCCCUUGUAGGAAACCGUUUGACAGGUUCUCUACCUGUUGAGCUUGCAAACAUCACCACCCUGAAAAGUUUGGCCAUCGAUUUCAAUAGCUUCUCUGGAGUUCUUCCUGUUCAGCUUGGGAACUUGCCCAACAUAGAAAGAAUGCUUCUUACCUCAAACAACUUUACUGGGGACUUGCCGGAAACAUUUGCAGGGCUUACUACGCUAAAAGACUUUCGGAUUAAUGACAAUUCCUUUUCUGGAAAGAUACCUAAUUUUAUUCAGAAUUGGACAAAUCUUGAAAAACUUGCGAUUCAGGCUAGUGGCUUGACCGGGCCCAUUCCUUACGGCAUUUCUCUUUUGACAAAAUUAACUGACAUGAGAAUUACUGACUUGAAUGGCCCUGAAUCAUCAUUUCCUCCACUUGAGAAUAUGAAAAAACCAAAGAUACUGAUGUUGCGGAAUUGCAAUAUUAGUGGACAGCUACCUGCAUAUCUUGGGGGAAUGACAACUUUGAAAACUUUAGACCUCAGCUUUAACAAGCUAACCGGAGAAAUUCCAAGCAGCUUUUCUGGUCUAGCAAAAAUUGAUUACAUGUUCUUGACUGGAAAUAUGCUCACUGGAUCUGUGCCAGAUUGGAUGAAUAGAGGAGGCAACAUUGAUCUUUCAUACAACGACUUCACCACUAAGUCAGAGGCUGUCAGUUGUGAAGGCGGCUUGAACUUGUUUGCAAGCUCUUCCGGGGGCAACACUACAUCUGUUUCAUGUCUGAAAAUUGCAAAAUGUCCAAAACCUUCGUUCUCUCUCCACAUAAAUUGUGGCGGAAAAGAAGUAACUCUCAGUGAAAAUUUCACAUGGCCUAUAAUGGCAACAUAUGAGGAUGAUACAGAUAACUCUGGGCCUUCAAAAUUUUACCAAAGCAGAACAAAUUGGGCGUCAAGCAACACUGGUUACUUUCCUGAUGAUGAUCGUACUACAGAUACCUUUAUCUGGCCUAAUUCAUCUAGACUCUCUAUAACCAAUAAUCCUCAGCUGUAUUUGAAUGCACGCCUUUCUCCUAUUUCUCUAACUUAUUAUGGGUUUUGCCUGGGAAAUGGAAUCUACACAGUAAACCUCCAUUUUGCCGAGAUAAUGUUUACAAAUGAUAAAACAUAUAGCAGCUUGGGAAGGCGUAUAUUUGAUAUUUAUAUCCAGGGGUUACUAGUGCUGAAGGAUUUUAACAUUGCGAAUGACGCAGGAGGGUUUGGUAUAGCAGUCGUAAAAAACUUCACUGCUAAUGUAACUAGUAAUACCUUGGAGAUCCGUUUAUUUUGGGCUGGGAAAGGGACAACAGGCAUCCCUGACAGAGGACACUAUGGUCCUCUGAUAUCAGCUAUUUCUGUAGAUCCCAACUUUAAACCCCCGAAAGAGGCCUUGACAGGAGGUGGAGGUGGAGGUGGAAGUGGAAUACCUAUAGGUGUAGUAGUUGGAAUUGUGGUUGGGGGAAUCUUCAUUAUACUACUUAUUUUUGGUAUUCUUUGGUGGAAAGGCUUUCUAAGACGAGAAAGGACUCUUGAACAAGAUUUAAAUGGUGUGGACUUGCAAACCAGUAAAUUUACCUUGAGGCAAAUCAAAGCUGCGACAAAUGACUUUGACCCAGCUAAUAAGAUUGGAGAAGGUGGUUUUGGUCCUGUUCACAAGGGCCUUCUAUCAGAUGGCACCAUAAUUGCUGUUAAGCAGCUUUCUGCCAAAUCAAAGCAAGGGAAUCGUGAAUUUGUGAAUGAGAUUGGCAUGAUUUCUGCUUUGCAACACCCUCAUCUUGUCAAGCUCUAUGGAUGCUGCAUUGAAGGAAAUCAAUUGUUUCUUAUUUACGAGUACAUGGAAAAUAAUAGCCUUGCACGGGCCUUGUUUGGCCCGGAAGUAAGUCAGUUGAAGUUAGAUUGGCCAACAAGGCACAAUAUCUGUGUUGGUAUUGCAAGAGGUUUGGCCUUCCUCCAUGAGGAGUCAAGGUUGAAGAUCGUUCAUCGAGACAUCAAAGCUACUAAUGUGCUACUUGAUAAAAAUCUUUUCCCGAAGAUAUCUGACUUUGGCCUAGCCAAGCUUGAUGAAGAUGAUAAUACCCACAUAAGCACCCGGAUUGCUGGAACUUAUGGAUAUAUGGCACCUGAAUAUGCGAUGCGUGGCUAUCUAACUGAUAAAGCCGAUGUUUAUAGUUUUGGAAUUGUUGUACUGGAAAUUGUUAGUGGGAGGAGCAAUACAACUUACCGGACAAAGGAAGAAUGCUUUUAUCUUCUUGAUUGGGCACUUCAUCUAAAAGAGAAAGGGAACAUCCUGGAACUAGUUGAUCCAAGGUUGGGUUCAGACUUUAACAAAGAAGAAAUGAUGAUCACAAUCAAUGUGGCUCUUCUUUGCACUAAUGUCAUUGCAGCAGAUAGGCCUACGAUGUCUUCAGUGGUGAGCAUGCUUGAAGGCAAGGCUUCUGUUCAAGAGUUGGUCAUGGAUCCUAAUGCGUCGAAGGAUGAGAUCAAUGAAAUGAGGAAACAUUUUCAGUCCAUUGUUGCAGAAAACACGAGUGAGAAUAGUCAGAGGCAAACUAUGUCAACCGAAGGGCCUUGGACUGCUUCAUCUACAUCAGCUAAUGAUCUUUAUCCAGUCCAUCCUGAUUCAAAUUACUUGGAGAACAGAAAUUAGAGAAACUGAGCAAACUGUCUUCACUUUGUUACCGGUAUAUAUAUGUUCAUAAACCAUUUCAACUUAUUUCUUUUCGAAAUAUAGUGAAUGAAUGUUCACAGAAGAACGUAGGUUCUUAUAUAGCAUAGCAAUUGUUGAUUGUGAAGUAAGUUGUUCACAGUACCAUCUUUUCAGUUUAUUGAACUGAAUUUCUCUUCUGAUUACCUACUCUGGAAUAAAUCAUUUUGGAUUAA